AUGAACAUGCGCAUCGCAUUCUCAUUACGCAUUGCGGCUUUGCUCGCCCUACCUUUUGUUUCCGCUCAAGAUGAUGUCAGCACUUCAGUCAUAGCCCGCAAUGCGACCACCAGCUGCCCUGAUCUAUUUCCCGGGCCAGUCAGCUUCAGCGAUGUAGCAGGCCUGUUCACCAUCCAAUCCCACACCGACCCAAUAGCAACGGAAUCCAUCCGUCAAACCCUAUCCCUCUACGCCCUCGCAAUCGACGGCCGUAACUACGACAUCCUUCGGAAAGUCUUUACCACCUACGCGCGUGCCAACUACUCUGACCCCAUCGGGGUACUAAACGGCGUUCAGGCCAUCAUCGACAAUCUAGCACCCGGUCUGAGUACCUUCGUAUCUACCCAGCACCAUCUUGGCACGCAAAUGAUUUACAUCUGCGGUCCUGGCAGCGCUGUGUCUGUCACUUACUUUCAGGCUACGCACUACUUCACGCCAUAUACUGGCGUUCAGAAUCCAGUGGAUAACAGUAAGGUAUUGAUCGAUAAGGGUCAGUAUCAGGAUACGUGGGCUAAGCAGAAAGAUGGGAGCUGGAAGAUUGUUAAUCGUAAUUUGGUGCGGAUGGGUCCUGCUACGCUAGACGGUGGUUUUCCCUCUUCGUAA